GGCGGCACUUCCGGCUCCACUGCCCUCAGUGAAGAUGGCGGCAGUGGAGAAACGGCGGCCGGCGGUGGCACCGGCGGCCAGUUUCACGGACAACGGCCGGCCGUCGGUGUCCCGGGCGGCAGCGGCGGCCGAGAACGAGGAGGACUUCCUGCGGCAGGUCGGCGUGACCGAGAUGCUGCGCGCGGCUCUGCUGAAGGUUCUGGAGGCGCGGCCCGAGGAGCCCAUCGCCUUUCUCGCGCACUACUUCGAGAACAUGGGUCUGCGCUCUCCGGCAAGCGGCGGCGCCGGGGAGCCCCCGGGACAGCUCCUGCUGCAGCAGCAGCGCCUGGGCCGCGCGCUGUGGCACCUUCGCCUGGCUCACCACUCACAGAGGACAGCCUUCAACAACAACGUCAGCGUGGCCUACGAGUGCCUGAGUGCUGGUGGCCGCAGGAAGAGGCCGGGGCUGGAUGGCCGCACCUACAGCGAGCUGCUGAAACGCAUCUGCAGGGACGGUGAGGCCCCAGAGGAGGUGGUGGCCCCGCUGCUGCGCAAGAUCCAGUGCCGCGACCAUGAGGCCGUGCCGCGGGGCGUCUUCCGCGCGGGCAUGCUCACCUGCUUCGUGCUGCUGGACUUCGUGGCCCGGGCCGGAGCCCUCUUCCGGCUCCUGGAGGCCCCAGGCCUGGCGGUAGCCGACCGCCGCGUGGGCCAGGCUGUGCUGGACACCCUGGAGGGGGCCCUGGGGGCUGGGGACCACACGGCCGCACCUGCAUGCUAUCUGGAGGCCGGCUCGCGUCUGGGACCCGACAGCCUGGCGCUGGCCCUGGACCGAGCGGCAGCGGGCCGCCGGCCCAGCUCGCCCAUGCCCCGGGAGGAGUUCCUGGAGAAGGCAGCCGCCCUCUUCAUUGCCAAGGUCAAGCCAGUGGGCUGAGCCCGCCCACAGGUGCCCCUCCUCCUGGGCAGGCGUGGGAUGGGCCCAGGACGAGACAGCCCCACCCCUGCACUGGGACAGGCCCCCCCAGGACACUGCACCCACACUCAUGGGCCCGCCAGGCAGAAAUAAAGUCUGUGGAGGUCCG